AUCCGACCAUGGCUGUUGAAUAUUAUUUGGGAACUCUUGAUUAUUUAAUCUUAUUUCUUAUCCUUAUAAUUUCAACGGCAAUAGGCAUAAAAUUUAAAUCUAUUGGUAAAGAUACCGGAAAAAUGCGAGAAUACUUCAUGGCCGGAAAAAACAUGUCUAUGCUUCCAGUGAUCAUGUCUGCCACUUCAUCAAUGGUUUCUUCUGUAACGACAAUAGGUAUACCGGCUGAGAGUUAUAAGUAUGGCAUACAGAAUUGGAUGUUGGGUGUUGGUAUCGGUGUUGGUAUGAUAUUAGCUGCAUAUGUAUUCAUACCUGUUUAUUUCCAAUGUGGUGUAUGUACAGUGUAUGAGUAUUUAGAAAUGAGAUUUGAUAAGACUACAAGGUACAUCAUUUCAACUAUGUUCAUAAUUCAAAUGAUAUUAUGGAAUAGCUCAGUUCUGUACACUCCAGUGUUAGCUAUAAAUGCAGUCACUGACUUGCCCAUAGAAAUAUCAAUCCUAGUGUUUGGAACGAUAUGUUCAAUUUAUUGUGCAAUCGGAGGUUUGAAAGCUGUUUUAUGGACAGAUGUUUUUCAAACAUUUCUGAUGUUUUUUACUGCCCUUAUACUACUCAUAGCUGGAAUCGUGAACGCGGGCGGAUGGACGAAUGUUUUGGACCGCUCUAAAGAAGGAGGAAGACUAAAUGCCUUCAACUUCCAAGCAGAUUUUACUACAAGAUACACAUUUUGGAACGGAUUAUUUCAAGGAAUGUCCUUUGCUGUUGUAGCAUACGGUGCCAAUCAGACCGGAGUUCAACGGUUGCUCAGUUUGAGCAAAACUGAAAGAGCGAAGUCGGCUCUUUUGAUUAGUGCCCCACUUGUUUCUUUGCUGUGCGUAUUAUCUUCCCUGCACGGGGUCAUUUUGUAUGCCGUUUAUUUUAUGUGUGACCCAAUCUUGAACAACAGAGAAACAGGAUUAACAAAAUAUGAUCAAAUCGUACCUUAUUUUCUCAUCUCUACAUUUCAUUCCACUCCUGGACUCACUGGGCUUUCUCUAUCAGGAAUUUUCAGUGCAUCUCUCACUACUGUUUCUUCCGUUCUGAAUUCUUUAGCAACCAUCACGGUCGUAGAUUUCAUUCAUCCCAUCUUCCAAUCUCUUCAAAGGAACGAAAACAAAUCCUUGAUGUUAGCUAAAGGACUUUCUCUCGCUUAUGGAGCCAUCUGCAUCUGCAUUGCUUUUGCUUUGACGAAAGCAAAGAGCAUAAGUCAAGCUGGAUUUCUGUUCAAUAAUACGUUUGAUGGGCCACCAUUGGCCAUCUUCACUAUUGGUGUACUGACGAAAAAAGGUUCUGGCAAGAGCAUAUUAUUUGGUCUCCUUGUUGGUAUAUCACUAACGGUAUGGAUUGGUUUUAGCAGCUUAUUUAGCGGCUAUAUUGAAAAACCUCUUCCGCUGAGUACCAACAUGUGCACAACAACACUCAACUUAACAUACGACUAUUCUCCAAUUGAGAUCUCUAAUGCUAUUUUUUCUAAUGCUACUACAGUACCUUCUUCUCAAAGUGAAACCUUUAUUUUGAAUAAAAUAUCUUAUUUUUGGGUGAGACCUAUAUCAUUCGUCAUCACAUUUUGCUGCACUUACAUAGCCAUAUUUAUAACAGGUAGUAAAGAAGAUGAAAUACCACCAGAUUCAAAAUAUCUAAGUCCAGUGGUAAGACUUUGGACGAAAACUGAUGAAGUAAUCGACCAGCAAAUGGAAAAUACAAACAAUUUUACAUUAGAAAAUUUUUCUGCUCCAUAAAGUCAAUGAAUAUCAUAUAAAUCUUCUUAUUUGUGUCAUAAAUAAACUA